CGAGACCCGCGAAAAAGCAACGUCCCGUCUCACCCCAAAAGCUGCGGGCAGCACGAGCGGGAAUGCCCGGCGCAGCGGCGGUUGCCUCCUUGGCCGCGGCGGCAGCGGGGUGGCUCGACCUCGACGGGCCGACGGCGACGGCGACCCUGCGCCUGCGCCGGUUGUGGCCGUCGGCGUCGCCGUCGGGCGGCGGCCGCGUCGUCGCCGCCGGGCCGUCGUCCCCGCUGCUUGGCUGGUGGUGGUCGGCGGCGUCGUGGUCGGGCGUCGAGGCGCUGCGGGCCGCGUGGGACGCGGCGCGCGCGGCGGCCGUGGCGCCGGCGCUGGCCGCGGCGUCGUGGGCGUGCCUGGCCCUGUCGGCCAUGCUUCUCGCCGACGCCGUGUUCCUCGCCGCCGCCAGCCUCCUCGCGCCGCUCAGGAGGUCCCGGGCGGCGGGCCCCAUUGCCGGCCCUGGCCCCGCCCCCGGCGAGGACGACGGGGACGAGGAGGCGGGCGGCCGCGUCGCCGACUACCCCAUGGUGCUCGUCCAAAUCCCCAUGUACAACGAGCGGGAGGUGUACAAGCUUUCCAUCGGAGCAGCGUGCGGGCUGGCAUGGCCGUCGGAUAGGGUCAUCGUCCAGAUUCUCGACGAUUCCACCGAUCCAACGGUCAAGGAUCUGGUGGAGCUUGAAUGCAAGUUCUGGGCUAGCAAAGGCAGAAACGUGAAAUAUGAGGUGAGGAACAAUCGGAAAGGGUACAAGGCUGGUGCUCUGAAACAGGGGAUGCUGUAUGACUAUGUCCAGCAGUGUGACUUUGUCGCCGUGUUUGACGCGGAUUUCCAACCGGAACCUGACUUCCUCAUGAGGACCGUCCCGUAUCUCGUGCAUGAUCCUCGAGUUGCGCUUGUUCAGGCACGAUGGGAGUUUGUUAAUCCCAAUGAAUUCCUGAUGACAAGGAUACAAAAGAUGACACUAGAUUAUCACUUCGAAGUAGAGCAGGAAGCAGGUUCAUCCACGUUUGCCUUCUUUGGUUUCAACGGAACUGCUGGUGUCUGGAGAAUUUCUUCCAUCGAGGAAGCCGGGGGCUGGGAGGAUCGAACCACAGUGGAAGACAUGGAUUUAGCAGUCAGAGUAGGCCUCAAAGGAUGGAAAUUCAUCUACGUCGGAGAUGUUAAGGUCAAAAGUGAACUACCAAGCAAUCUGAAGGCAUAUCGCCGUCAGCAGCAUCGGUGGACGUGUGGGGCAGCAAAUUUAUUCCGGAAGACGGGAGGAGAGAUAAUUCUGACUAAGGAGGUAUCGUUUUGGAGGAAGCUUUAUUUGAUCUACAGCUUCUUUUUCAUCAGGAAGGUUGUUGCCCAUGUGGUACCAUUCAUGCUCUACUGUGUAGUAAUCCCGUUGUCCGUCCUGAUUCCAGAGGUCACAGUCCCUGUAUGGGGGGUGGUUUAUAUCCCAACAGCAAUAACACUUCUAUAUGCCAUCAGAAAUCCUAGUUCUCUCCACUUCAUACCGUUCUGGAUCCUCUUUGAGAAUGUUAUGUCUUUCCACCGGACAAAGGCGACAUUCAUCGGUUUGCUUGAGCUAGGGAGUGUAAACGAGUGGGUUGUCACAGAGAAGCUUGGUAAUUCAAGCUGCACCAAGCCUGUGCCGCAGAUACUUGAAAAGCCUCCCUGCAGAUGCUGGGACAGAUGCACCGUAUCAGAGAUUUUGGUUGCCAUCUUCCUUUUCUUUUGUGCGACCUACAACUUGGUUCAUGGGGGCGAUUUCUAUUUCGUUUAUAUAUAUCUACAGGCUAUAACAUUUCUUAUUGUUGGCACCGGUUUCUGUGGAACAUCUAGUUCCAACUCAUAGUGGUAUAUACAACAGUUAGGACUGAUCCAAACAGAGGGAAUUGUUCAAGUUA